AUGAAAUAAAGACCAAGACAGAUAGAUGCAUCAAAGCCAGUACUCACUAUAAGCACCUUAGAAGCAUUCAACCAUGCUGAAGGACAAGAGACAGAAAUCAAAAACACGGAGUAAAUCAUUACUCCUGAUUAACUCAUGAAAGAAAAGAGUUUAAGAGAGAGGAUUUCACCUUUCUCAAAUGUGAAAUCUCGACCUUGCUCCUCCAUACUUGCCUUAUUUAUUUUUAUAUUAUACUCAUUAUUAUUUAGACCUAAAUAAUUUGAAGAGCCCACACUCAAAUCACAACUGCCUGCCAGAUGUCGUGAGGAUUACAUUCAAUACAAAGUACCAGUUUAUCCGGAUGCCACAACUUAUGAAUUAACUGAAGAGGAUGUACAUUUCCUAUAGACUAUCAAUGAAAAGCUAUAAAUUCUCAUUACGAUCGAAGAUUUUGAAUUAUACCUUGCAUUACUAGAUGCUAAGAGUGGGAAAGAUGUAGAAAUAGAUUUUAGUGAAUUUCUUAAAUUGAAACCAAUUCUGCCACGAACCAUAAAUUAACAAACAAUUACACUUUAGGAAUAGUUAUACAACUACUUUAAGAAGCAAAGAUAACAUUUUUCUCGUUCACUUACGAGAUUCCUAAUGCAUCCAUAUUACGAGGAUAGUAAUCCUCAUUUGGCAUUUCGUCCUAGGACAUAACCGAUGGAUAGAACGAUGAAAUUAAGAAGAGGAAAUGCCUAAAAUACAAGAGGAGUUAAUGAAAUGGAAAAUUUGGGUCAGAAAAUAGUAUUGUUGAAAAGAGACCUUUUGAUUGUUUCCAAUCUCAUAGAUUAGAGUAUUUAAAGAGAAAAGGCUAUGGAAAUAGAGAGGAGAUUCAAUUUUUGUAAAUUCAUUAAAGAAUUCUUUGAUUAAUCCAAGAAAGAAAAAGAUAAUAAUUCAGAAAUCAGAUUAUGGCCGAAAGACUGUUUUGUAAGGGAUUGUUAGGAUAGAUGUUCAAUUAAUGUUGUUGAAAGGGCUGAUGAGAUGUUUGAUAAUAUUUCAAAAGAAAUUAUUCAAUGGAAAGAUUUCAAUGAAUAAUAGAGAAGAGAAAAACAAAAAAAAGAAGAUUAGAUUCUCAAAUUUGAAAAACAAAUUGAGGAUCUCAUUAUAGACAAACUCAAAUUUGAAGAAAAACCUCCUGUAAUAGUACCUCCAGUUGUCCAAUAACCUAUUCAACCCUAAAUUCCUUAAAUACCUGUGAUUCCUCAAGAACCACCAGAUGAGAAAAUGGAAAGCGUAGCCAGAUUUUUAGCAACUUUGUAUUUGGAAGCUAGAAAAUAUCAAUUGACGUUUGAUUAAGUGUUAUCAGAUUAGUUCCCCAUCUAUAAAAUCUAGAACCCUCAGCAACAAGUCAAUUCUAAAAGUAUUUUCCCCUUCGCUUUAAUGCAAAUUGAGGGAAAUGAUAUGGUGUAUAAAAUAAGAAAGGAUAAUUGUUUAGAAAGAAACCAUAGCGCAUAUUGGGAGAGCUAUUAAGACCAAUAAAUAACAAGUACAUUAUAUUAUUAACACGAAUAUUUCAAAGAAAAAGUCAAUGAUAUAAUGGAAAUUGCAGAUAUGGAUCAAAUGGUUUAUGCGUAAGGAGUUGAUGAUGAAAAAUUGGAUGAAGAAGAGAAAUUAUUUAAAAAAAAAGUCAAGAGCAGUUCAACAAGAAUGACAGGUGUAAAUGGAGGGCAAUUAAAAUGA